CAUCCAUUCAUAUCAUACACAUGUACGAUGAAAUGUCUUUGGACCCAUUAGUAUACAACAUAUCACACAAAGAUCUAACCAUGACGCUCCAGUUUGUGUAUAACGGCCAGGACUUUGUCACAGAGGCCCAGCGGAGCAGUGGAAAUGGACUUGCACCAGAGCCAUCACAUUUUGACCUGACCAUCCAAGCCGGCUGGUCAGACAGGAUGAACAGGGGGCUCUUCCGCUACCAUCUGGAUGACUUACAAACGCGUAUCAUUCCGGGCCCACAUGGCUAUGUGGCCCAGCUGAAUAUUCAAAGAGGAUUACAAAGAAGAAAGCCUCAGGAAAUACUGAGCAUUAAGCAGGAGUUCAAUGCCAAUCAGUUUAAUUUUAACAAAAUCGAUCCAGAAGAAGUCAUAUUUGAGAUGACAAAGGUUGUUGAGGGAAGAAAGGAAAAGGGACAGUUGCAUGAACGUUGGAGAGUGGUGGUGCUGGUCAAUGUCAGCCCUUUGGAGUUUGGACAUUGUCUCUUUGUUCAAGAACCUUCAUGCUGUUUACCGCAGGUCCUGACAAGCUUCUCCAUCCAGGUUGGUAUUGAAUCUGUGCUCCUGAGCUCCGAUCCUGGCUUCCGUGUGGGGUUCAAUAGUCUUGGAGCAUUUGCCUCUGUCAAUCAUUUACAUCUACAUGGGUACUACCUGCACCAUGAGCUCCAGAUAGAAUCUGUGCCUGUCAAGCCGCUAGUUCCUGAAAAGGGAUUUUAUCGCUUGUUGGACUUUCCUGCAGGCUUUUUGUUUUACACAGAAUCAGAGUGUGUGGUGAAAGUUGCCAGAGCCAUCUGUCAGGUCACAGACUUUCUUGUGGAAAGUAAUACUGCGCACAACCUGUUCUUGACUCGCGGGAGUCCGCCCUCUGAUCAGAUACAGGAUGAAAAGGAUCACUGCUCAAGAAAAGGUGUUCGCAUCGCUGUAUGGCCCAGAACAUCGUGCUUCGGUGCAAAGGACGAGUCUGCCUUCAACGUUGCUCUCUGUGAGCUGGCAGGGCAUUUACCAUUCAAGAACAAGAAGGACUAUGAGCUCUCUACUGAGAAAGAUGUCAAGGAUGUCAUAGAGAGGUAUCUUCUGCCUGAAGCGGAGUUUCACAAGUUAGAACAGCACCUCACUCACCAUCUGACGGAUUUAUAAUGCAUGAACAUUAAAUGAUCAGCACACAUUCCUCAGAUGUCCUGACAUGUGUUUAGGUUUUGUGGUGAAAUGUCUUUACGAUGCCGAAUCUCCUUUCCUGCAUUUGUCCCGUGCACAAAAGACCUUCUUACACAAUUAUAUUAUCAGUAAGAGAAUGUCAAAUUGAGUAAUUGAUGUGUUGUUUUAAAACUUCAAAUAAAAUUCAGAAAGCAUUUUAUCUUAAAAUAUAAAAUUCGUUUUUUAGUAUUUAUUUUUGGGUUUUGGCUUGUCAAAAUAGAAAGACAGGUGCUGUUCAUGAAUGAAAUAAAAGGAAUAUGGAGGUACAUCUUUUUGAAGCAUUGAUUGAGAUAUCAGUCUAAAUCAGUGGUCAUUCAAGGAAAACGUGUUCAAUGUGAUGCUUGAAGGAUCUUCUAUUGUAGCAGAGGGAAACAGUCGAGUGUGUUUAUUCAACAGAAGAGUUGUGGAAACUGUAAGUCACUGAUGACGCUGACAAGUGUUUGUAAUAUUGAGCAAGAGUUAUUUGACUGAAAGAGAGAAGCUUCUCUUAUGUC